AUGUUCCGCGGCAAUCUGCCUUGUCUUGCGUCUCUUCGCUAUCGUCGGCCGUACUGGAUGCUUUUCCUCACUGGUGUGGACAACUGGAAGAUUUACACCGUCAUUCAACAGCCAGACCACCAGCGAACAGAGAUGCUGUACCAGGCCUGGCUUGGUGGACUCGACAGACCCUACACACGCCCAAAGUGUAUGGCCCACCAGCCACUGUGGCUCAGUAAGAAGCGACACAUGUUGCGCAAAGACCGCCUGGAUGGACCGGAAACACCAUUAGAGAAAUAUGUGUUGGAGUGGCACAGACGCUUUCACUCCUUUCAGGGAACCGAGCGACCCACCGUGGAGGAUUUACACACCGCACUGGACUUGGUGGAGCGACCACUAGAUCUCAGCUACGCAUUUCAACUGUUAAAUCAAUGUCGUAAUAUUAAUAAUAUCCGUUUCGCAGAGGACACUUUUCUUCUCUUUUUAGAGGCUUGUCUACGUGUUGACAGGAAAGAUUGUGCGGUGUAUGGGGCAGAGCAUGCUGAGACUUUGGGUUUUUGGUAUAUUGACGAGAAUCAUCGACGGUAUCUUAACGGAGAGCAGAGUUGGUAUAAGUUAUCCCCGCUGGAUAACAUGUAUUACCCACUGGAGGAGAAUACAGAACUCAACGCCGGGCGGUCGUCAACAUCACCGGCGGGCACUACGCAGUCAGAGGCUGACCGUACUGUAAAGACUCCAGCUGCAGAGAUAUUAGGGGCAGAAACAGCAGAUGUUUCUCCAUCUGGAGUUGGAAUGGAGGGAGUGGAGAGUAGUUCUGUGGAUGACGAAAUUGCACGUCUUGAGGCUGAGUUAGCUGCAUUGGAGAAUGAGGAAAGCAAGAGCAACUCAAAGAAGUGA